AUGGACUCGAUUGAGACUUCCCUUUUCGGCAUCGUCCAGCCCGUAGCCCAAGUGAGGGGUCUAUACCUCAGCGGCGACGGCGACGAGGCACUCCCCUCUGUUGAAAGUGCGGAGCUAGGUCUGAUAUCUGUUCCGAUGCCUGGCGUGCGCUGCCAAGGCUGUGCAGCGAGAGGUCAAGAGACUUGGGUCAUACCUGGAAAGGCAUGCCAUGUUUGCGGCACCGAAUGCAGCCGUUUGGCUUUGAAUGACGAAGACCUGGUAGAGUAG